ACCUUUGUCUAGCGAGUUCGCCGAUAAGGAAGAAGCCAUUUUAAGUUUAGGAAAUUGGGUUAUAUGUACCGGGUAAAAGGCUUCGGUUUUUUGUUCUACCUUUCGAGGCAUGAGUGACAGGGAGCAUAGCCCAAGUCAUAGCGGUUCUAAUCACAGCCCUCCGGCCAAUGAUAAGACUCCCUCUCCAGCAAGAUCGAGGGAACACAGCCGAAGCAGAUCACAUUCAAAUAGUCAACACAAGUCUCAUCACAGAGGCAGAUCUUACUCACGUUCCAGGAGUCAUUCUCGUUCACGAAAGAUGUCUUAUCGUGGCCGCUACAGGUCACGGAGCCGUUCCCGGUCUCCAAAACGCUACAAAUCCCGUUACUCCCAUUCACGUUCCCGGUCCUACAGUCCCCGUGGGAAGUACUAUGGAUACAGUGAUCGACGGAAGGAAUUCUACCGGAGUCAUUCCCGCAGUCCAAUGUCUUCUAGACGUCGACACGUGGGCAGCAGAGACAAUCCCCAGCCGAGCCGUUGCCUGGGAAUAUUUGGACUGAGUAUUUACACUACAGAACAGCAGUUGCAUCAUAUUAUGUCAAAAUAUGGGCCUGUUGAAAGAGUGCAGGUUGUUAUUGAUGCUAAGACUGGACGAUCAAGGGGAUUCUCUUUUGUGUACUUUGAGAGCUCGGAAGAUGCGAAAGUAGCCAAAGAGCAAUGUACGGGCAUGGAGAUUGAUGGUCGAAGGAUCCGUGUGGAUUUCUCUAUUACUCAGCGCGCUCAUACUCCCACCCCUGGGAUCUACAUGGGGAAACCCACAUAUUUGACAGAAGACAGUGGCCAGUGGGGUGGGAGACAGAGGGGUGAAAUUGACUAUUAUGGCGGAGGUUAUAGAGGUGGAGGCUACCGUGGCCGCUCACCGUCACCAUAUUAUCGUAGGCGACGCUAUGAGCGUUCUCGUUCUCGCUCAUACUCUCCUCGUCGAUAUUAAACUUCUAGAACCACGUUGGGGGCUUCGUUUUCACUUGAUGUGGACUAACUUCCAUUGCAUAUUCACGUUGUGUCCCCCCAAACGAUGGCUGGCAGAUAAACAGUAGUGACUGACAGUUUACCACUGUGCUGAAUGGAAAUGAUUUUUUAUUUUCAUUGAUAUAAAAUGUGUACUGGACAGCCAGUCAUCAGUAUGAUUGUUGAGUUACAAGAAUGAUGUACCCCUCCCAAAACACGUGUUCUGUUUAUUUUAAGGAGAGUAGUACUGAUUUGGCUCUUGCCAUAAGUAAUUUAGGACAAAAUUUAAUAGUUUAGUUUUUGGAUAGUUCACAGAAUGUCAUUCUCAUUAGUCCGGAUUUAUUUUGUGCUGCACUGUUUUGUAAUGUUUUAUUGAUUUUAUAUUUCAUGUAAUUUGCAGCAGAUGUCAGACUUUGUGUUCUUAACCACAUAGAUCAAUUGCUGUUUUUGUUUCAUUCACAUAAUUUUUUAUUGUCCAGUCACAUUUAAAUUUGAUUUCUUCUAGCAUUAGAUCUAAUGUUGUAUCAGUAGAACAGAUUAAAUUCAUUAGUGUUAAUACAUUCUAAUAUGUCUUGUUUGUUUCAUUUUUGUAAGGUUAUGAUGAAGAAAGAGGUAUUGGAUGAAGUUUGAAGUAAAAGAAACAAAAAUAUGUAGCAAGUUAUCUCUGGGGAAGAAACCGAACAUGGAACAUCCACGUUCAAGUCUUCUUGAAGCUCACAUGAGAAAGAAUAUGAUCUGAUACUAUACCAAACUCAAAUAAAGAAAUCUCGCCCAAGCCAAAUUCGAUCACAAGAAGUUGCUGGGGUCAGUUAGAGUCGGAAGAAUUACGUUACCAUUUUCAAGUUAGUCAAGAUGCUAAAAGCGAAGCAACAAGCUUGGAAAUCGCGGGAAUAGAAAAGUUUAGAAGUGGAUAAAGGAAGAAAGCAAAGUGUAAGUUACUGGGGUGGUUUGUUACCUGGAGAUAUUGGGGAGGGCACCACAUUUCUACCUCCCAGUCGCUGUACCUCAUAGCUGUUUCCAGUGCUCUAGGAUGUAGAGCUCGGUAAAAUAUAAGAGGAUUUAGUGUAUAUAUGUGCCAUUAAGUAACAGUUGGCAGCAAUGUAAACGUAAUUGAAGUAACUACAAGAUCAUAACAGUUGAAGUAGGAUUGCCAAUGCUGCAGCUCUGAGGUACCGAUUUUAGGGUUGUAUUCCAUUCAGCAGAAAAGACGCAGUCUGUUACCAGUAGUACAUAAUCAGUUUGAUGGUGGCAAUAGAAAGAUGCUAUUGAGUAUAAUGAAGAAUGGAAUAUGACUCUGAUUUAGGAUGGUCUAUAAAUGAAAGGUACUUAUACUUAUUUAUUGCAAAGUUUAGUGGAAUUUAGCGUUGUGCUUAUUUCCAACAGUGUUCAGUUUGUUGUUGGAAAUGGUUAAUGGUAUUCACCUGUUCAGUGGUGAUCAUAUUCUUUAUCACAUUUAAGUACAAGUUACGCUUUAAUACCAUUUUCUUUUUCCUGUACAGCUGGAAGUUUUAUUUGAGCCGCAUUCACAUGAAUAAAUCAAAACAUAUGUUUACCCUCUUCCCUGUGUAAAUCUGAACAUGCAGCAAUCCCUUGCCAACUAUAAUAUUCGGUUUUUGUGUGUAUGUGCAAGUGUCUGUCAGUGGCUGCUAGAUUGCCAUGACCAAUUGAAUGCAGUCUACACCCUGAUACCUUGUUUCUGUAAUAUUCAUUUUAAUAUUAUCCAUUUUAUGCCUAGGUUUCCUAGGUACACUUUCACUUCAGCUUUUCCAAAAAGUUUAUAUGCAUUUUUGGGGGGGUUUGGUGACUUAGUAUCAGGUCAAGUUCUUGAACUCUGGCUCUCCGGCUUGCAACCCCCCCACCCCCACUCUCAUAGAACGUAGCUCCCACAGUUGGCAAGGGAUUUUAAUGUAGUAAGUGUGGCAUGUUAAACAGGCCGAAAAUUACUUCUGCCAUAGUUAAUAGUUAUAAGGAUGUUAAAUUACAGGUAGGUCAGUUCUGUUCCUAAUAAUUAUGUCUAUUGAAACUAAUACAGCAUCUUUAAAAAAAUUGAUAUUUUAUUCCUUUUGCAGUGUGAUUUAACUUGUUUCCUACCCAUUUAUGUCACGAAUUUCUUAUAGUGUUAAACUUGCUGUACAGUUUAUUUCCUCAAGAUUCAGCACAACAAGUUUGCCAAAUGUAGUUCUUUGUUGCAUGGACUUUCAGUAAUUAUGCCUGCACUGUGCUGCUUAGUAGAGUCUGUAUGGAACUGUGUGUGACGUGGAAGUAGGGCAUGCCAUAGUUUGGGCACACUAUCAGUGUCUAGCGACCAGAGGGGGCUGGUUUCACUCCCAUGCCAAAUGGGAUUUGUGGUGUGCAGAGCAGAGGCCAGGUUCUCUCAAAGUAUUGCCAGUUCUCAUUCUGCAACCCUAUUUAUUAAUCCUAUUAGGUGCGGUGUUUUUAAGUAAGAUUCUAAAACCACGUUUGAUAAAUAUGCAUUGAAGAAAUUAUGUCUUGUGGUUUAAGUGGAAGGGGAAUUUGUAAGAAUGGCUGCAUAGACAAUUCCAAUAUUAUGAAUGUAAGUUUUGUACACACGAAUGGCUGCAUCAGGUCCAAUUGAAAUUAACAGAAGUAUACUCUAUCUGUGAUUGCAUGCAUGUAGACAUUUUUUAGUGUAACAAGAAUCCAUGUUGAACAAG